UCUUCACGUUUCUCAUAUGGUUUCAUUUCAUUUCAAUUUCACUCUCUUAUUGCUCACAAAACUCUAAAACCCCUUUUUCCAUUUCCUCUUCCAUUUUUCUCUUCUCAAGUGAAUGAAGAAAAUACACAGCGUGCAUUCCUUUGAAUCUGAAGAUGAUGAUGAUGUUACUUUAUCAGCAAAGUUCCCUCAAAUUUCGAGUUCCGGAGCUGCUGUACUGCCACUUAAGAGAAAAUUAUUUGAUUAUAGCAGUCCCUUGCACGGUUCGGUUAAGAAAUCGAAAGUGUUUCAAUCGCCGGUUGAUGAUAAUGCCGAUGAUAGCGAUGAUGAUGAUCAUGUUCCUAUUUCUCGGAGUAUUAUUAGGUCUGCAAUGUCGAAUGGUAAAUCGUUUUCCUUGCUAAAGAAAAAACUUGUGUAUGUAGAAAAGUCAUUUGAGGAAUGCGUAAGGAAGAGACGAGUGGAAGAGAAGAGAUUGAAGUCGAUAGAGAGAGAUAUUGUAGAGUGCAACAAAGAGCUUGGAGAUAAGACGAAGCUAGCAGGUUGUGUGAGAAGAAUUAAUGAAAUUCACAAGAGAAUGAUGGGGAAAAUUGAAGGAUGUGUUAAGGAUUUUGUAGCGAAGGAAGCACAGUUGUGUUUGAUAGAGGAAUUGAUUGGAGAGCGCAAGCAAGAGCUUAAGAUGAAAGAGACAGAACUUCGUCAGGUUAUGAUUAACGUUUCGAAAGAGAGGGAAUUUGAAUGCCAAAUGAAGGAGUUGGUGGAUGAUUUGGUGUUAAAACAGAAGCAUUUCGAAUGGCGAACCAAGGAGCUUGAGUCAAAAGAGAAGAAACAAGAAGGGCUAGUGAUGGAAUGGGAAUUAAAAGAGAGAGAGUUUGAAGGCCAAUUGAAGGAGCUAGAAUCAGAAAGGAGGAUUUUUGAUAGCCGAAUGAGGGAGCUUAAGUUAAAAGAGAAGGAGAAUGAAAACUGGGUGAAAGAGCAUGAAUCAAAAGCUAGAGAAUUUGAAUGCCAAGUGAAGGAGCUGUUGGAUGAUUUGGUAUUAAAACAGAAGAAUUUUGAAAGCCGAACCGAGGAGCUUGAGUUGAAAGAGAAGCAACAUGAAGGCAUAGUGAUGAAAUGGGAAUUAAAAGAGACAGAAUUUGAAGGCCAGGUGAAGGAGCUGGAAUCUAAAAAGAAGCAUUUUGAGAGCCAAGUGGAAGAGCUCAAAUUAAAAGAGAGAGAAUUUGAAGGCGAAGUGAAGGAGCUGGAAUCUAAAAAUAAGCAUUUUGAAAGCAAAGUGGAAGAGUUCAAAUCAAAAGAGAGAGAAUUUGAAGGCCGAAUGAAGGAGAUUCAGUCAAAAGAGAUGCAAAAUGAAAGCUGGGUGAAAGAGCAGGAAUCAAGAGCAAGAGAAUUCGAUUGCCAAAUGAAGGAGCUGCUGGAUGAUUUGGUAUUAAAACAGAAACAUUUUGAAAGCCGAACCAAGGAACUUCAGUUAAAGGAAAAGCACCAUGAAGGGCUGGUAAUGAAAUGGGAAUUAAAAGAGAGAGAAUUUGAAGGCCAAAUGAAGGAGCUCAAAAAUAAUAAAAAGCAUUUUGAAAGCCAAGUGAAAGAGUUCCAAUCAAAAGAGAAACAAUUGGAAGGAAAAGUUAAGGAAGUUGAUUUUAAAGAGAAACUACUUGAUGGUCGUGUGAAGGAGUUUGAUUCGAAAGAGGAUCGAUUCGAAGGCCGAGUUAAGGAACUUGAGUUUAAAGAGAAAUUACUUGAUGGCCGAAUGAAAGAGGCUGAUUCGAAAGUGGAUGAAUUUGAAGGCCGGGUGAAGGAGUUGGAUUUAGAAAAGAAGCAUUUUGAAAUCCGAAUGAAGGACCUUGAGUCAAAAGAGAAGCAUCACGAAAGCCGAGUGAAGGAGCAUGAAUCGAAAGCGAGAGAUUUUGAAGGCCAAGUAAAGGAGCUAAAAUCUAAAAACAUAUUUUUUGAAAGCCAAGUAAAGGAGCUCAAAUUAAAAGAGAUGCAGUUGAAAGGAAAAGUUAAGGAAGUUGAGACUAAAGAGAAGCAACUUGAUGGCCGAUUGAAGGAGUUUGAUUCUAAAGAGGCUGAACUCAAAGACCGAGUGAAGAAGCUGGAAUCAGAGAAGAAGCAACUUGAUGGCCGAGAAAAGGAGUUUGAUUUUAAAGAGGCUGAAUUCGAAGGCCGAUUGAAGGAGUUUGAUUCUAAAGAGGCUGAACUCAAAGACCGAGUGAAGAAGCUGGAAUCAGAGAAGAAGCAACUUGAUGGCCGAGUAAAGGAGUUUGAUUUUAAAGAGGCUGAAUUCGAAGGCCGAGUGAAGAAGUUGGAAUCAGAGAAGAAGCAGCUUGAUGGCCGAGUAAAGGAAUUUGAUUCUAAAGAGGCUGAAUUCGAAGGCCGAGUGAAGGAGAUGGAAUCAGAGAAGAAGCAACUUCAUGGCCGAAUGAAGGAGUUUGAUUCAAAAGAGGAUGAAUUCAAAGGCCGGGUGAAGAUGCUGGAAUCAGAUAAGAAGCAUUUUGAGUGCCGAGUAAAGGAGCUGGAAUCCGAGAAGAAGCAUUUCGAGUGCCGGCUGAAGGAGCUCGUAUCAAAAGAAAAUCAAUUCAAAGAACAGAUGAAGAAGUUCCAGUCAAAAGAAUUAAGUUGCCAAGAUGAGGAAAAAGAAUCAACUACGUCUUACAUGGAUGAUGAAUCAAGCUCUCCCAUUGAUGAGACAAGUUUGCAGUUGGUCUCCUGUGAGCAAACUGACAUUCAAGCUAUUCUGCGAGAAUCGUCGGAUCCAGCAAAAUUGGUUUUGGAUAUAAUUCUAAACCCCAUCCUUCCACUUUGUGAUAAGAACAGAGACAACCAUGUGAUUAUUGAUGAUAGAUGCAUCUAUCUGCUAGAACAGCUGAUGAAAAUCUCACCAAAUAUUAAACCUCAUGUAAGAGAAGAAGCAAUGAAGCUGGCAUUUGAUUUGAAAGCAAACAUGAAAGAAAAUACAGAGAAUUCUUUGGUGGUUCUCGGUUUUCUACUAAUUUUGUCAAUUUAUGGAUUGGUGACUUCUUUCGACGAAGACGAAGUUUUGGAGCUUUUUGCAUCUGUUGCUCAGCACAAGAUUGCUUUGGAGCUGUUUAGGCCCCUGAGUUUUGCAUAUUAAGCUUCUGAUUUUGCUGAGAAACUUAACACGAGGAAGCAAUUUCAUUCUGCUGUUCAUGUUACUUGGCUUACAAGAAUCAACUAGUUUUGUGGCUGCUAGAAAAACUUAAUGUAAAGAAAUGUGGUAAGUUAAAAAUAAUUUGUUGAAUUAAGUAAGCAAAAUGUAUAUGUUAAAAAGUAUUCAUAUGGUACAAGAAAUGACCACCAUGUCAACUUCAACACUCUAA